AUAGUCUUUAACUACUACACGUAUUGUAUUCAUAUGUGUUCGGGUCAACAUUGGAAGUUAAGACACGAUAUAAGCGUACCUCGUCUCAAAUGUAAAAACAAGAAUACAUAGUGUAUAUGCAUUAGCUUGGAUCAAAAGGUGCAAUAUGAAGAAAGAUAAAGCCACCAUGAAGGUUGCUUGAAGGAGAUGCUGGCCAUUGAAACUUGUUACUCUUCAAAUACACCAUCGGUAAGUCUCGACACUUUGUUCAGAUUCUAUUUUGGAUAUGGCCAAUUGGAUAUGAAGGUCAAAAACUGCAGCCUGAUCUUUAUUCUAAUCAGUCAACUUUUGGUUUAGCUAGAAAGAACCAUUGAAGUUUCAAAUGUUUAGUUCUAAGGUCAUUCAAUCCAAAUGCUGGUCAAGUUCAUGAUGUGGCAGCUGACCUGUUGGAUUUUCGAGAAGAAGAUCAUCGCAGACCACUAUGAGUAGCUACAUUAGAUCCCUUUCGAAUUAGCUGGAGAGAGCAUUUGGCGGGAUAUUUCAAACCUGUAGAAAAUAGAAGAUAACCGUCUCAUCUGGGGGGACACCAUAAAGACAGCACUCCAUUACAUCAAGUGUCUAGAAAACCUGUAAACUGACAUGAAGGAAGAUAAAGCUCAAGUAAAGGUUGCGGUGCCAAUCAGAGACUUAUGGAAAGCCAUGUCGAGUGACUUUCAGCACAUGAUACCUAAAAUCUUACCUGCCAUCGUGGAGGAAGUUGAGUUGAUUGAAGGAGAUGGCGGCUACGGAAGCAUAUUUCUCUUCAAAUUCGGUCCUGCCGUACCGAAAAUAAGUUACCAGAAGGAGAAGAUUGUGGAACUUGAUGAAUCAUUGCGUCAGAUGGCUCUUGAAGUAGUGGAAGGAGGGAAUCUGGAUCAUGGGUACUCUUCUUACACAACACAUGUCAAAUUAACUGAAGUAGGAAAAGCGGAAACACUGGUUGGCGUGAAGGUUGUGUAUGAGACCAAGACAGAAGCAGAGGAUACACAUAUGCCUGGAGAUACCUUAAAACCAUCGCUGCAUUACUUUAAAUGCCUCGAAAACCAUAUGUCAAAUGGACUGUAAUAAGUCACAAUUCUGUUUGUGAGACUCUUCUGUAUCUUUGGUUGUGUUUUUGUUUCGAAAUCUAUGGAAUCAUUGAUUUUAUUUGAUGAUAA